AUGGGCAAGUUUGUGGGGUCCUUGGACUGCGGUACCACUUCCGUUCGUUUUCUCAUCUUCGAUCAGAAUGCCAAUGUCGUCGCGCAGCACCAGCUCGAAUUCCCUCAGUACUACCUGCACCCUGGGUGGCACGACCACGAUCCAUCGGAAAUACGCGAGUAUUCGAACAGGUGCAUAGAGGAGGCGAUCAAAACAUUAGAGGCUAAUGGGUGGGCCAAAGAGAGCGUCAAGGUCAUUGGUAUAACCAACCAACGCGAAACUACUGUCGCCUGGCACAGAACGACCGGAAAUCCGCUAUGUAACGCAAUCGUCUGGGAUGAUUCCCGAACAAAGAACGUCGUCACUCACUUUCAACACAAAAUGGAAACUGUCGGCCUUCAAGUCGAGCCGGGCGUAUGGAAGAAGGGAGAGGAAGGCGUCGAGACCCUGCGUCAGACGACCGGUCUUCCUCUCUCGACGUACUUUUCAGCCAUUAAGCUGAGGUGGAUGAUAGAUCAUAUACCCGAAGUCUCUGAGGCUCACGAAUCCGACCAGCUGCUUUUCGGAACGGUCGAAUCAUGGCUUUUUUAUAACCUUGUAGGAGAUACCCAGAAGGCCCGGCAUAUAUGCGAAGUCAGUAAUGCAUCCCGUACACUGCUAAUGAACAUUACCGCCCUCAAAUGGGAGCCGUUCCUGGUGGAUUUCUUUGGUUUACGGCCAUCCAUUCUGCCUAAAAUCGUGUCGACAUCUGAAGUCUACGGUCACAUUGCCAGUGGACCUUUGAAGGGUGUCCCCAUCGGUGGUCUUGUUGGUGACCAACAGGGAGCGUUAGUUGGGAAUCUAUGUUUAAGGGAAGGUGAGGCUAAAUGCACAUAUGGAACGGGUGCUUUUCUGCUGUUUUGUACUGGAAAUGAAAUCGUGAAGAGCACCCAUGGCUUACUGAGCACGGUCGCCUAUCAGGCAGGACCCAACGUACCACCGGUUUAUGCGUUAGAAGGAAGCAUAUCCACUGCUGGAAGCGCGAUUAAAUGGUUACGAGAUUCCAUGCAACUUAUCAAAUCUGCCGCGGAUGUGAAUGCGCUGGCAGCCAAAGAACCUACGACCGGGGGAGUGUACUUUGUAACUGCGUUCUCCGGGUUACUCGCUCCGUAUUGGGAUCCUGCCGCGGCUGGCCUACUUAUUGGUAUUGGUGUGUCGCAGUAUACAAACCCAUCACAUAUAGCCAGAGCUACACUUGAAGCAAAUGCUUUCCAGACUCGUGCCGUGAUAGAAAGUAUGAAACUGGAUUCUGAGACGGACCUUCAACAUCUGAAAGUGGACGGUGGAAUGACGAACGGUGAUCUGGCGAUGAGCAUCUUGUCAGACUUAGGAGGAUUCAGUGUCAUUCGCCCGACGAUGCGAGAAUCUACGGCAUUGGGCUCUGCGCUACUUGCUGGAUCGGCUAUCAACCUAUUUGGCUGGGACAUACGGAAGCCGGAGACAUUGUCGGAAGUAAACAGAACAGGAACACGAGAAUUCAGGCCCGAAAUGGACAAUGCAGAACGUGAAAGGCGUUGGGGUUUGUGGCAACGCGCAGUUGAGAGAUGCAGAGGGUGGGAUGACGGCAUAUCCGAUGAAUAA